AUGGGCUGCGGCGGCUCCAAGGACGAUUUGGAAGAUCAGGGAGGCGCGCCGACUGAGGUCAGCGAAAAGUCGAGUGGUGGCGGUGGUGGCGGUGAAGGAGCUGACGCGGCCGCCUCUGCAGUUCCCUCUGAACGUCCGCCCUCUGCCGUGGCUGAUGCUCCCGCUUCGGGAACUGGCGCCGCAGCCACUCCCUCCGCCUCAGCCGAGCCCAAGGUGCCCUCAAAGGUGGCCGAAGAGAAACCGCCCUCCAAGGUGGCCGAGGAAAAGCCGCCCUCGAAGGUGGCCUCGAAGGAGGAAGCAAAGCAGCCACCGCCGACUUCGGCCUCUAAAUCCAAACUGGGCUCUUCCAUGGGCUCGAAGGUGGGCUCCAAGGCAGGCGGCUCUUCAGUGCUCUCCAGUGCCAGCGGCUCCAAAGUCGGUGGCCAGAGCACUCUCUCAGCGGCCAGCGGCACCGGCGGCAGCAGCUGCGCCCAGUCUGCCAUCUCGGGCGCCGGAUCGAAGCUGUCCAAGGCGGGCAGCUCCUCGGCGAUGGGCAAGUCGGCCAUCAGCGGCGCCGGAUCGGUGACGAGCGGCGCCAGCUCAGCGAUCAGCGGCUCCUCCUUUGCCGGCUCCUCGGUGGCCACCUCGGCGGUGGGCUCUUCGGUGGCCGGCUCAAAGGCUGGCUCGUCGGUGGCCGGUGCCGGCGGCAGCAAGGCAGCUUCUUCAGUGGCUGGCUCCAAAGCCGGAUCCUCCGUGGCCGGUAGCAAAAUCGGCUACUCUGAGGUGGGCGGCGGCUCCUCUAUUGCUG